UCUUCUUUCUGUUUACUCUCUCCCUUUCUAUUUUAUUUUCGGGAAUUUAAAAGAAGUAUGUUCCAUCCUACUUAGCGACCUUAAUUGGUUUAUAAUCGUUAGUGCUUUAUUAAGUUUUAUCCUCUGUGCAAAAUUGUCAAUGUCUUAUCUUAUGUUAACGAUGUCGUUAAUUUAGUUUAUACUGGUGUUUUUCUGUAUUGUAGAACUUACGAAGGAGUACAUAAAGUUGAUUCUCUUGUCAUAACGUCAUGGACUUUUGUUCUCUCUAAUCUUAUCUUGUUUAGUUUGAUAAAAAUUGAUCUUGACUGGCCACCCUUUUAAUUUGCCGCAUUGCUGUGUUCGAACGCGUACCUUUUUUCAAGUUUGUUGAAAAUAAUUCUCAGAGUGUAAGUUUAAAACCGGUCGGCUUUUUUUCCAUAUUCAUCUGUUGAUAACACGUGCCUACCGUUUUUCCGUUUUCGCGAUGCCCUGGUUCGAACGGCUUUUAAAAGGCCAAGUAAGAUGUCGCGAUACCUCGUAUGAACUGACGCACAUUUGACAUACAUGACAUUGCGUUUUUUUUUGUUUUAAACUAGCAUUGUAAAUUUAAUUUUAAUUUUAUCCUUAUCUGAGAGUAUAAACUGAAACGAGAUAAUCUGUUGGCCAAAGAUCCGGUUUGUUUAUUAUCUGAUUGACCAUUUUCAUCUGCCUCCCUCCCAAAUAAACAUUCCAGCCUAUCUAUUUAUCUCUGUAUAACUAUAAUGAUUAUUUCAACCGAAAUAUGAAGCUUCAGUUGUUUGUGUUUGAAACUGGUGAAAAAUGGAGGCGAGCUUUUUUGAGGAUGGUGCUAGAUGCAAAAACUGGAGUUGGCCAUAACGACUAUGGUAGCAUAGGUGGUGUCGGUGGUGGAGAAGUUAGCACAAGCGACGGAGGUAAAAUGACACAGAGUGAUUUGUACCAACGUCAGCCUUUGUUACCCCAGGAGCCUUGGCCUACCAAAAACGGAGGCACCGUUUUAGGACCAGUUACCACUGCCGAGACGGACUUCUUUGAAGAUGACGAUGAUAGGAUCGACGGCCUGAAAAGAAAUGUAAUAAAUGGAGGGGGCAGUGUUACUGCGAUCGAUAUAGAUCUUCCCCAUCCGCUUAGAGAUGAAAAGUUUCCCAAAGAAAAAUGGAAAACCUUUAUAGCUUUUAUAAUUUUGGUAUCAAAUUUUAUCAUAACAACGGCAUCUUUAGCAGUGGUUCAUGAAUGGGUACCUGAUAAGAAUAAAUACUCUCCUCUUCCAGAUGUUAUUUUAGAUAUUAUCCCGACAUUCCCUGGGGCUUUGGAUAUUUCCGAAGUAAUUAUAAUGAUAUCUACCAAUGUUACUUUCCUAGUCAUCGUCAUGCAUAAACAUAGGUUUAUUGUAUUCCGACGAGUGUUCCUAAUAUUGGCAGUCUUGUAUUUGAUGCGCUCAGUGACUAUGUACGUCACUGUAUUGCCAUUGUCCAACCCAUCUUAUUAUUGUUCUCCAAAAGCAAAUUCGACUGGUUUUCUCCUCAUUGCAAAGAGAGUCUUCCAGCUAAUGUCUGGUUUUGGUCUCUCCAUUAAUGGAAAGCACACAUACUGUGGAGAUUUUAUUUACAGUGGUCACACUGUUGUGCUUGUAUUGUGCUACCUAAUCAUUAAUGAGUAUUCACCUAAAAAAGUUGUUAUUUUACAUUGGGCUUCUUGGACUGCUUCCUUUCUAGGAAUUUGUUUUGUUUUAUUAGCUCGAGGGCAUUAUACUGUAGAUGUCUUAAUAGCUUAUUAUGUUACGACUCGGAUAUUCUGGGUGUACCAUACAUUAGCAAAUCAUAAAAAAUUGAAGCAAGCAACUGUAGAUAACUGUCUGUCGAGGAUAUGGUGGUUCCGAAUCUUUUGUUACUUCGAGGGUAAUGUGGGUGGGCCAGUUCCAAGACAGUUCAACUGGCCUCUACCAUGGCCGAGACGCUUUUUAGCUAAACACCCUAACCGUGAUAGUUAGUAUCAUCAGAUAUUUGUAAUCCUUGUGU